AUUAUAACGAUAAGUCUGCGGUCACACUGACUCGGGGUUUUUGUUAAAAAAUUAGCCAAAAAACAAAGUAAAUAAGCCUGGCUUAUUACGUAUACGCCGUCUGUCCCAUGCGAUCAGAGCGGCGCCAUGGAUCUGGUGGACAUUGAUCAGGUCUUGGAUAACCUGGAAUUACGCAUCGCCGCUGACGAGCAGGAGAGUAGAAAUGCAGCAGCAGCAGCAGUAGCGGCGUCAGUGUCAGCGGCAGCUACAACGGUAGACUCUGCGCCCUCGCGCCCACUGGGAGACGGAGCCAGUGUCUCCAAUGGGGGUGGAGCAGGUGCAGGUGCAGGUGCAGGAGCUGCCACAGCAACAGUAGCAGCUCCCACAAAAAGCUUUGUGGGCGUCUCUCAGGUGUUCAACAGCCUGGACGACUAUCGCAACAAUGUAAAAUCGCUGGAGGUGGACAACCAGCUGCCCAGCUACAACUGGCAAGCGGAGCAAUCACUGGAGCACUCGCGCGACCUGGACGACAGCUUCGAUGACAUCAACAAGUUCAGAGAAGGGCAGGAGAAGCGUCCAAAUGAGGCAAUAGUCUCCUCCUCCGAGUCUCUGACAACCUCCUCCUGCUCUACCUUCUCCUCGGGCCCGUCGCCCGUUAGCAACGACUCCGAGGAGAUUGAGCCCAGUGCCCUGGAGGUGGUGGUGGCGGCGUCACAGGUGGGGGGGGGGGGGGUAGGGGUAGUCAUGCCAGUGGAGCAACCGCAGCAGCCCAAAGCUGUUGUCGAGGACCUGGCCGUGGGCCUCUCCUCCAUUUCCAUCAGCAACAGCACGACCCCAGGGACACAGUCGCUGAUUCCUGGCGAAGUGACGGCCUCCUCGAUGCUCGGAAAGGUGCUCAACGAGCUGUCGGAGGAUUUGACCAGCACAGAGCCGGAGACAGAGGUCACCAAUGGUCUGGAGGAGGUGCCUCGCGCAGAAUCCGUGCCCUCGGAAGCGCCUGCUUCCCCAAAGGAGCCUAAACCAAAGGAUCACGGGCUACGGCGCCGUCAGCCCAUGACAUUUUGCUCAACAAUGGACGACAUCUCCGACACGGAGCUAGACAGCAUGCUCCAGGAAAUAGAUGUGGAUGAAAACCAAGAGGGGCACUUGGAGGAGCCGCCACAGCAGCAGCAGCAACAGGUUGAUAUUCUCGAGGAAGAAGUCUCUGCAUCCGCCUCGGCCUCUGUUUCGCCCGUCACCGAAGAGGAGUCUGUACGCAUUCUCUCCGACCAGGAGACGACCUCCAACGAUCAACUGAACGUGGACAACUUCUCGCAGGCCUCCACCGUUGAGUUUGCGGAGCUGAAGCCCCACGAGGCCGCACCAGUGGCGGCCAUUGGCGAGGACAUUGCCUCUUUCAGCAGCACAGAGUCGGACUCGCUUUCGGGCAGGAAGCUGGACGAAGAAGAGCAAGCGGAGGAGGAGGACAGUGUGGCUGCGGAUGCCCUGAAGACCGAGGAGCAGCGUCCCCAGCGACCGCAGACACUGGAUCUGGGUCACCAGGCGAGUCUCAAUGCCGGACAGACGCCGCCAGAGCCCACCGAGGAGGUGCAGGUCCCCACUGCUGAUGGAUGCCUGGAGGAUCAGCAGCUGUCACAGUCGGAUGCCGCCUCGGCACCAACAGAAGACGACGAGAGCCCCAUCUACGAGGCAGUGGGGUACAGCGAUCCGCAUGCCAAUCUGGGCAAGGUGCCGCCCAUCUGGGUGCCGGACAACAUGGCCGGGCAGUGCAUGCAGUGCCACCAGAAGUUCACGAUGAUCAAGCGGCGCCACCACUGCCGCGCCUGCGGCAAGGUGCUCUGCUCCGUCUGCUGUUCCCAAAAGUUUCGCCUGGAGUUUGCCAACGAGCCGGAGUCGCGUGUCUGCGUCCAGUGCUUCAUGAUCCUCACGGAACGGGAGGCCUCUGGCGGCACUUACCCGGACAAUGCCUCCGCUCCGACCUCGGCCCUGCCGCCCACGCCCAUGCGCUCGCCGAACCCGAACAAUCCCAUGGAGUACUGCUCGACAAUUCCGCCGCACCAUCAGGUGGCCGCUAGUCCCGGUGCACCGCCGCCCAGCGUGAUUGUGCCCGUGGGCGUGCUCAAGAAGACCGAUGGCAGCUCCAACUCGAAUUCCUCAUCGUCGGACAGCAAGAAGGGGCGCAAGCGCAAGAGCGUCAUGUUCAGCGAUGGCAUCGCCCCAGGCAGCGAGCUGGCCAGCACCAUGGAGCAGCAGUGGGGCGAGGCCAAGCAGGCGCGUCGCGGCGUGCCCCGAAGCAACGGCGGUGGCCAGAAGCCACCCACACCGGCGACGGAGGAGCCACGAUCCAGUAUUGAGAGCGCCACCAGCACCACCAUGGGACUGGUGGCCCAACUAUUCCGCGGCUCCAUUCCACCAAGCGCCGCUGCGGCCACCCUCACGGCAGCCGAAUCAAGCGGUGGUCGUCCCACGGCCCAGACUUCGCCGCGUCGCAAGGCGGAGCCUGUGCGCUCACGAAAGCUGCCGCCAAAUGGCGAUGCCCAUGGCUGCUAUCUGCCCGUCGAGGAGAACGCCCUACCGCCCAUUUGUGUGGGGGGCAAGGAGGCCGGCAGCUGUGACGUGGACUACAAGGUGGUCCGCAACGAUGGGGAUCUCCUGGAGCGACUGCAACACGAGACGCUCAAAUUUAUCUUGAAGAACAACUUCUACGUUCUGGUCAAGAUCAUCAACAUGAGCUGCUGCAUGAACCGCUGGGUGCUGAACUUCACCACCUCCGGACUGCACCACAUGGGCAAUGACGAGCGGGUUAUUCUCCUGGAGAUUAAGCCGCCCUCCAAGCAGGGAGAACCAGCUGCAGGAGAGCCGGCAGUGCCGCGCGACAUAUUCCAGCACCUGUACGAGAUCUAUGUGGAGGCGGAGCAAGCACGCUCCAGCAUCCAGGAGCUGGCCUUCACCAGCCCCAGGAGCGCCAAUUUUCUUGGAUCGCGAGAGCACGGAGGCUUCAUCUACAUCCGGCCGACAUACCAGUGCCUGCAGGGCGUGAUCAUACCAGAGAAUCCGUAUCUGGUGGGCGUGCUGAUCCAUCGGCAUGAGGUACCGUGGGCCAAGGUGCUGCCGCUACGCCUGAUCCUUCGUUUGGGCGCCCAGUACCGCUACUAUCCCUGCCCGCUGAUCUCAGUGCGUGGUCGUGAGUCGGUGUACGGGGAGAUCGCUCAGACGAUCAUCAAUUUCCUGGUGGACUUUCGCAACUACUCGUACUCGCUGCCCGCCAUUCGGGGCCUGUACAUCCACAUGGAGGACCGCCAGAUGACGGUGAUCAUUCCGCGAUACCGCCAGCAGGACGUGAUCAAGGCGAUCAACAAUGCCAGCGAUCACAUUCUGGCGUUUGCCGGCAACUUCUCAAAGGUGGCCGACGGUCAUCUGGUGUGCAUGCAGAACAUAAAUGACGACCGAAACGAGAUGUACGCCUACUCCACGCAGGCCAUAAACAUCCAGGGCCAGCCCCGUAAGGUGACCGGCGCCAGCUUCUUUGUGCUGAACGAGGCGCUCAAAAGUAGCAGCGGUUUGUCCGGCAAGUGCAGCAUCGUUGAGGACGGCCUCAUGGUCCAGAUAAUGCCCGCCAAAAUGGAGGAGGUGCGUCAGGCGCUGCGCAAUCAAACAGACAUCGACAUUGUGUGCGGUCCCAUCGAUGCCAGCGACGAUCAAAGCGAGAUUGUCAGCAUCAAGUGGGUGGACAACAAUCGCGACAUUAAUGUGGGUGUAAAGUCGCCCAUCGAUGACAUGGCCAUGGAGGGCAUCUCCAAUAUGCGGGUGCAUGCCAGCUUUAAUUUUUCCAAUGCCAAUUAUGCUAUCCGUUUGAGCGAGAUCUACAUUGUUAAGUGCGAUGAUUGGUAUACCACAAAUGGUGGCAACUAUGCGGACAUCACUCGCAUUUCCGAGCAACUGGCCCGAAGCGCAUCGAUGGCCCUGCUACCAUUCCUCGAUCUGCUUGCAGCGGCUGGCAUCAAUAAGGUGGGCCUCCGUGCCACGCUGGAUCAGGAGAAUGUCUGCUAUGAGGCCGGUGCUCGUGGCUCGAAGCUCCCGCCACUGUAUAUGAAUGCGUUGGACAACCAUCUGAUAGCCACGCUACAUGGCGAAUCGUCGGGCAUCCAGGAGCCCAUUAUCCUCGAGCUGGUGUUCUACAUACUAAAUGCCUGAAUAUAAUCCAUCCCCCCCUCAUAGUGCAAUUCUUCUGCUGGAAUCGAAAGCGAUAAGUGAAACGCGAUACGGAAACCGUCUUAAGUCUAAGUCCUACGGCUGAUCCGUUCUCUAGUUGUAUUGUCCGGGUGGCUCAGCUACAACAAUAACUGUAUAUAUAUAUAUAAGUAGUUCCAUCGAUUGGGUUUUGUUUCUUUCUCCUUUUUUCUACGAUUUACCCUAUCUCCUUCCUCUGUGUUUUUGUUUUCCACUCUAAUUUAUCGACAUGAAUUUUAAACGAUUUGAGUUUUCAUUGAAAGUAAAACGUAGAACUAUCUAAUUUACCUAAAAUAUACAAAUAUAUCUAUAUAUAU